CUGUGGGGCGCUGCGGCGGCGGCGCGGAUCCCGAGUUUUGGCGGUCGGUCCGUCUGUCUGCCGGCGCUCCUGCCGCUCCUGGGACCCUCGGAAAGAGCAGAGCUCGUCUCCUCCUGUUUGGGCGAAAAGGCGGUCGCCGGCUUCCAGCCUCUCCCCCGUCGCCGAACUGCGCGGCGGAGCGUGGCCGGUGAGCAGCCGGAGCCUUCCCGCCGCGGCCCGUGGUCACACGGAGUUGGUAUCGCCCCAGAUGCUGCCCGACCGGGGCUGAUGGUGUUGCCGGGCCGAGUGCUGUUCCAGGCAGCGGGUGCAGGAUGAUGGAAGACUUCAGGAAUAUCGCCGACGAGACGUUCCCGAGCUACUUGGGCCAUUCCUUGAACAGCAGCGCGAGUGUCGUCUUUGAGAAUGUCACCGUCUCCUCCAACCCGGGGUUACCUGUGGCGGCCUCCACUGUUGCCAGGAGCCAAGCGGGCGGUGACAACAGGCUUCCUGAUGAUUGUGCAUCCUAUUUGGAAGGGAAACAUACACCUCUAUCAGCAUCUCCUCUCAGCAGUCAGUCACAUCCUGAGCCAGUGGAAAGAUUUGCUCUCAGCUUUCGUGAUGACAUGGAAAUUGCUACGCAGAUUGAAGAGCCUCAGCCGCCUUGUGUUAAUUUGAAAGAAUCCCACUCAGUAUAUGGAGAGCAAGCUCAGAGUGUCAUUGAGCAUUCAAAUUGCAGUCAAGGUACCUUACGUGAAGUUUUGCCACUUGAGCGAUUGGAAGAUUUGCCAACUGGAAUGUGUUUUCCCCCAGACAUUAAGAGCAAGGUUGGUCCAUCCAAAGCUUCAGAAAAGCUGAUAGAUGGUGCUAUCUCAAGUGUUCAUCUUAGCAAUAGUCUUUCAAGUUUUUUGGAGAAUGAAAAACUCUCAUCUCUUCUAAGCUCGGAUGAAGAUUCUGCUGAUGAUGAUAUUGAUGAUGAAGAAUUCUUUGAUAACCAAUUAGAAGCGUAUUUUGAGCAGCUGAUACAACCAGAAAUGGUGACAAGAGACACCAACCUGCAGAAACUCUCAGAAUGCUGUGCAGCACUGAAGCUUUCUGAAAAUGUCUUGCUACAAGAGAACUUUGAGGGUUCUGCCAGCUAUGGGACUGUGACUGGAAUAGACUCUGGAAAUGCUAGUGACGAAGAUUCACAAAAUGAAAGGAUAACUGGAUGUCCUGUGCAAAGAGAAAUGCUGCCCAGAGCAGCACAGCAAAUGAAUUCCAUGACUGCUGGGGAUGUGCUGGAUUCCCACACAGCUGCUGAGCUGCAAUUAGAUUCCCUGUAUCUCCAGUGCAUGGACAGCCGUAAAGCUGAUGUCUCUGAUGUCCGUCCAAACCAAGAAGUAGAGUCCUCUGUCUGUCAGGCUGCUUCUGCUGACAGAGAAGUGCUACACACAGCAAGAGGAUUUUUGGGACAUGACACCAGUCCUGAAGUUCUCAGGGCAGAUGCAACUCAAUGUAAAGUUGGUCUUCCUGAUACUUACCUGUCUCCAGCUGGGGAGAGCUGUGAGAACUUAAGUUUAGCUACAACAGACAAAGGUGAUCUACCACACAGCAUUGUCUAUCAAAAUGAGGAGGGCAAAUGGGUGACAGAUCUUGCAUAUUAUACUGCAUUUGAUGAAGAACAAGAUUUAAAUAUGUCUGAAGAUGAUAAAAGAAAUGAGGAGUUCAUUACUGGUUCUGAAGCAGCAGCUAUGAUUGCACAAGACCAGGAAGAAUUUGAGAAAGCACACAGGCUUCUGCAGGCAGGAAAGGUAGGCAGUCCCAAUGCAUCUGAAUUAGCAAAUACUUCAUGGAAAUCUGUUAAUAGCUUCAUUCUGCCGGGAACAUCUGAUCUUCAUAAAGAUGCCAGCUAUUUACGUUUGUCUUUGGGGGAGUUCUUUGGUCAAAGAUCCGAAGCACUUGGAUGUCUUGGUGGAGGCAGUGGUGUGAAACGGCCGUCUUUUGGUUACUAUAUUACGUCCCCGAAGAAAAGGCAGCCUGUUUCUUUGCUAACGCGAUCUGAUUCAUCAGGAGGUGACACCAGCCAAGAGAUAUCACAGUUGUCUGACGAGGUGUUUUCAGGUGACUUAGAAGCACAAACAAGAAAACAUGCAAAUUUUGCCAACUCUGAAGGUUCAGGGCAUAUGGUCGAUACUGCUGCUGAAACACAUGAAAACAUUAAUACACAAGCUGCUACCAAAAGUAAAGCAAAGGAUGGAAUUCAUAAAGGCAAGUCUGAAGACAGCUUGUCUAAUCAUUCUGACUCUGUCUUGAGUAUCAGUACAAUUGCAAAUGCUAUUGCUAAUGCUUCCUCCAGUGCUGAGCCUUCCCAGCUAGCUGCUAUGAUGAUGGCACUCUCCAAUAAAAGUAAAAGAACACGUGUCCUUCCUGGAGUUGUUAAAGAGGCUGAACUCUCUGCUAACGAGAUAUUAUCCAGCAAUGAGGAAAAUAGUGCAUUUGACAUGGAAAAAUACCUCAAAAAAACAGAUGAGAACAGAUGUGAAAGUGAAUACGAGAGUGUUGUGAAACAUGAAGCAUCUGUCCAGAACCUUACAUCUGAUACCUUUUUACUGGGUAAAGAUAAACAUAAGGAUGCUCUUGCAGAAGACUUGAUGAAUAAUCAUAGCAAACAGCAAGGAAUAGAGAAGCGAUUGCUUGAUUAUCUUAAUGAAGAAAGUGACAGUCAGAAUUUUUCUAGUCUGUCUGGUAUUCCCCACCAUGGAGACAUAAUUGCAGAUAAUGUUCAAUAUUCAGAAAAGUUGUCAGAUUUGGUAAAUAAUAAACAUUUACAAUCAAUGGAUGCUGAUAUUAGAUCAGAGACACUUAAUGGUAGUGAAGCCCACACAUGUGGAAUUCUCUCAGCAGCAAAAAUGGAAGUGGCGCAGAGAAAUCUGCUUGCUUACCAGAACAGCAAUCUCACUAAUACAUGUAGUAUAGGGGAAGAUAGAGAAACAGUAGAUCAAGCAGAAAAUGCUGUUCCUGAACCAUGUAAUGAUUUGGUGAAGGGAAGUGCAGGAAAUAUUCCAUCCUUCAGCAACUUAAAACCUGCCAAGCAAUCUAGUAAAUAUGUCUCAGUAAGUGCUACAACAGCCAAGCCUGUGCAGAAAUUGAACGAAGAUGAGAGGAAGCAAAACAUAGAGAAGAGAAACAAGGAUGCCACUACUCCUCAUGGUGGGAAUGCAAAACAUGUAACUUUUGAGAAUCUCUCCCCAACUUUCCAGAGUAGUACUGAGCGUAAACCCAUUCUACCUGAAUGUGACUUAAAUCUGGAGGGUGAGCAGUGUAGCUUCAGACCUUCAACUUCGCCUCUGAUUCACUCUUCUCCUAGUGAGACUUCUGGAACAGCGUUUUCAGGAUCUGAAAUGGAUUUUACUUGCCCAUCCCAUUGUCAGGAAUCUCCUUGCAAAGAAAAUGUUCUACCUCAGUCUGUUUACUCAAGUCCAAGCAUGAGCAGGUUAACCUAUGUCUCUGCAUCUGGCAGUACCCAUAAGAACUCAGCAGUGAUACAUAAUCCAGGGACAUACUGGGAUGAAAAUGCUGGUGAACUGAGCACAACAAUAAUUCAGGCCAGCCCAAUUCCUCCACAGGAGCAAUCAAAAGAAAAUCUAGAAGACCACUCAUGUCAAAAAAAUAGAAAAGAAGCAGUAUUUAGUAUGGACCAGAAACAAGGAGAAAAUGAACUUGCUGGUCUUCAAAGAAAACCUCAUAAUGUACUGGACCAAGAACUGGCUAAAGAUGGUUUUCUGAAGAAUGAAAAGCAGCUUCCAUUUAUUCAUUCAAAUGUACCGGCAAAUCAUGAAGGGCUAGACCAUGUUAAAUCAGCUUUGCCAAGUAAACUCUGCACCUUUCAGCCACUUUCUGUCAAUGUUGAUGCACAAGAAGCCUGUCAGGAUCAAACAAACAAAGCACAGAGACAAGGAUUACCAUCUCUGAAUAUAUUACCUGUUUAUCCUGGAUUAAACACCUGUUUCCCAUGCAAUCAAAACUCAUCAGGUGAACAGUGUGUUCAUACAUCAACUGUUAAAUCCCAUGUCACUACCUCUGAGAGUCAAGCAAUUUCUUCUUCUGUCCCUGCCUUGCUUACAGGGCAUUCACUUGCAGCAACUGCAUUUGCACAACAGCAUUUGGGAACUAUACAACCUACAGGAAAUGCAGUUCCAUCUCAGUGUCCUGGCUGCAGCUCUGCAGGUUUUGGCUUUUCAGCUGGGCUUCCUUGUUCUGGGAUUCCAGCAGGACAUGUUGAGAAUCCACUUACGUUAGGAAUUCCUUUAGGUCCAAAUAUUGGUCCUGGCUUUUUGGGUGCAGCUUCACUUUAUAAUCCACACUCGACUUCAUGGAACAAUAAUAUCUUAAAUAUAAAACCAUGUCAUGGACAGCCUUUUGGAGCUGGCAGAAGUGGGUGGGAGUUGUCAAAGUCACCUGGUAGUGGACAUAUAAAAGUACCAGAGGAACUGAAGUUCUCUAAUGCCUGUUGUGUGGGAAUUGCAUCACAGACAGUUCUUAGCAUUUAUAAUCCAACUGACCGGUGGUUGCAGGUCAACAUUGGAAUACUCAGUGUUUCAAUUAAUGGGGAAAAGAUGGAUCCUAUGAAAUAUCAAUGUCUGGUUUUCAAGAACAAAGCCAUUGUAGGACCAUUUUCUACCAAUGACCUGAAAAUACUUUUCUUACCUUCCCAUUCUGGGAUCUUCCAGUGUAUCCUCAAUGUUUCAUCUUGGCCAGUUUCUGCAGAUGCCGAGACAAUCGUUCAGUCAGAAGCCUUGGCAAGCAGGGUAGUUCUGACAGCAGUUGCUGAAAAUCCUAAUUUAGAAGUGGAAGCAGGAAAAGGAGAUUGCCUGGAUUUUGGUGACUUGCCUUUUGGCAGUUGGAAGGCUCUUCCCCUAAAACUUAUCAACAAAACCCAUGCUUUUGUGCCAAUUAGACUUAUUAUUAACGCAAAUGCAGUAGCCUGGAGGUGCUUCACCUUUUCCAAGGAACCUGUUAAUACUUCCAGUGAACAAAUGGAUGCAGUUUCUCAGACAGCAGCUCCAUCAGUUGUAAAUCAUGUGAUACAUGCAAGCUAUGAUGGACAAGAUCCUGAAGCUUUAACAGUUUGGGUUCUGUUCCGUGCACCUAAGAAACAAAUUUCUUGUUCAGAUUCCUUGGGUCCAGCAGAGGAGGUCCUGGCAAGAGUGGAUGUAGAAGUGGACAGUCCAGGACCUAGCACUGUGAUUAGAAGUAUUUCUCUCAGAGCAAGAGCUGGAACAGCAAGGAUACAUAUUCCAAAGGACUUACAGAAAAUAUAUCUAUCUACUAGUGUGGGUUCAACAGUCAAGCAGCAGCUGCCAUUGGAAAAUGCUGGAAACAUUAGUGUACAUUUGAAAGUUAAGACAUCAGAUCAGGACAGCUGCUUUGCUGUUAAACCUGAGGACCUUUUCCUGUUUCCUGGAGAAGAGCAAGUAGUGACUGUCCAGUUUUUUCCAAAAACCACAACAGCUACAGAAAGUAUUUUGAAAAUCCUUGUGCUGCCAUCUGGGCCUCAGUUUGAAGUGAUGAUAAAAGGUGAGGUAGAAUCUGGGAAAAACACACCUGUGUCUACAGCUGCUGGGUGCUCAGACAUUCCACCCAUCCUCUCCAACAAGCAGUUCAUUGCCUGGGGAGCAGUAGCACUUGGAUCAUCAGUACAGAAGAAGUUAAUUCUAAGAAAUGACUCUCCGUCUGUGACCCAGCAUUUAAGAUUGCUGAUAAGAGGCCAGGAUCAAGACUCCUUUCAGCUGCAAAGUAUAUUCGGAUCAGAAGAACGCCUGACCAGUAAUUGGGAACUCAGAAUGCGUCCCAAAGAAGAUACUAACAUAUACCUGAUGUUUACACCCACUCGAGUAACUUGCUGCUUUGCAAAGCUGGAAAUCAAACAGCUGGGGAUUCGAUCAAAACCAGGAAUUAAAUUUACUAUACCAUUAUCUGGAUAUGGAGGAACAAGCAAUAUAAUUUUAGAAAACGUUAAAAAAUUGUCAGGUAGCUUCAUGGUUACACUGGAAGGACCAUUGUCUGCAAGAUUACAGAAAGCUUCCUUCCAUGUGAGAAACACAGGUUCCCGGGCUGCUUAUGUUAAAGCACUGUGCCUGGGAAACCUGCAGACAAAAACAGUGAUGGAUCCUCAGGUUAUGACAGUGUCUCCAGAGAAGUUUGUACUAAGAGAAGGAACACAGGAAGUGAUUACUGUAACAUGGAAUCCAGUGGAAAAGAAUUUCCAUCCAAGCAUGUUGGUAUCGACAGUUUGCUUAUUUUGGGGAGAUGAAGUUUUUAGGCAGCAGUAUCGCAGAGCUGUGAUGUAUAAACCCGAGGUAGAAAAACGCAUAAUCCCAGAAAACAACUUAUUGAGAAAUGCUGUAUUUGAUGAAGAAUUUCAAGGGGAGCAGCUUGUGACAGAAGUAUGUGAUGUCCCACGAGAGACAAAUGAUAUCCAUCUUUUCUAUGCAAAUAUGCAAAAAGUUCUCAUUUCUGUGGUCGGAUACUCCAGUUGUGAUCAGGAUGGCUUUCAGCAGUCUCCUGGACCCCAUUUGGAAUUGGACAGGUUUGAGAACUUUGUCAGACAUACCACUGCACCUUUGGAUGUUCUUCCUGUUAAAGGACCUCAGGGUACUUCUUUAUCUGCAAAAACUAAUGAUCUGGUUCAGAAUAAAUCAGAUGCUCAACAGACUUGGACUGUUACACCUGAGUAUUUGACUUUGACAUCUCCUUCUAUUGGUGAAACAGCAGAUAUUCGACAUGUACAAAUUCUCAACAAUUCUAAUAGAAUGUUGACAUUUGAACUUUCAUGGCCAGCUCACUGCCUUACUAUAACCCCACAACAUGGAAAUGUUGAACCAGAGGGCAGUACACUAAUUCUGGUGAGUCCUAAUCCGUCACUUGCCACAAGGCCCACAUUAAUUCCUUGGAGUGGCCUAAUCUAUAUCCGUUGUGAUAAUGGACUAAAGUUUAUUAAAGUGCUUAUUCAAGAGGCUGUAGCACAGAGCGUGUCUGGAUCAGACUUUCCAUGUAGGAGAAGUGAUGUAAUGACUCCACAGUCUGAAAAUCCUACUGCUGAUGUGCCAAAGCCUCUCCCCAGGCUCCCUCUAACAGAAAUGGAGAUAAAGAACAAAAACAUUGUUUUUCCUAAAACAAGAUCUGGUCAAAGCUCAGAGAAUUUCCUGGAAAUGGAGAACAAAGGGAAUGAAAAUCUGAAGUGGAAGUUGUCAUCUUUUGCACCACCCUAUGUUAAAGAUGUGGAUGGAAGUGGUACUGUUUAUAGGGUUCCUUACUCUGCUUUUGGAUUUUCCCAUGUUUCUGGUACUCUCGAAGUUCGUGGACAAGAGAAGGUUGCUGUAAUCUUUUCACCUAGAGAUAAAGGAGAUUACUCCCAGUUCUGGGACCUUGAGUAUUACUCAGUUGAAAAUCCAAGUAGGAAACACAAAUUGAAAUUUCAGCUUUCUGGAAAUAGUACUAAAGCAGAAAAUGAAACACCAGUUGUGAAAUCUUCUCCAAGUGCCCUUACAAAAACUGAGCUUCGAGUUACACCAGAAAGGAAAGCUUAUUCUGAAGGCCAACCAAAAAGAAUAAGACAAAAAGAGGUCAUUCAAGGGGUAUAUGCACCAGAAGAUGUCUACGUUUUUCCUCUAACCAGAGUUGGGGAAGCAUGCACGUUAAAGGUCCAUUUGCGGAAUAACUCCUGCACAACACACAUGCUGAAAUUUGUAAAUCCCAGAGAGCCUUUCUACAUCAAGCACUUGAAAUACUCUCUAAGAUCCUGUCAUUACAUCACUGUGCCAGUCCAGUUCAAGCCAAAGGCAGAAGGAAUGUUUGAAGACGUCUUCAUUGUGCUGACAGCCAAAUAUGGCCCAAUUAAUAUUCGGCUAUAUGGUAAAGCCAUUGCAAAAAAAUAGUCAGAACAGUUUUAUAACUGUUUAUAACAGUUUAUAGCAGUUCAUAGCAUUUAAAAUAUUCAAAAAAAAUUUACUACAUUUCCAUACUAAUGUCCUACUUGUUUUGCCCUGUGAUGCUGCUUUGAUGAAAAGUCUUCUGUAAGUUGAAUUAUGGUGCUUGUUUUCUAAAUCUGUUUUGAUAGUAAAAACAUUGAGAAAUAACACUGUAUGUUUUAAAGUUAUCUUUUUAUAAUUUAUGUUUCUGCACUUUUAAAGCAAAUGGAAGUUUUGUAUUUUUGCAUUUAUUAGAAAUAGCUAGAUACUGAUAUAUUUUAAGUAUUGUAAAUUCAGAAAUAAAAUCUAUGUGUAAACAGCUGAUUCUACCUGAUUUCUGUUGGUGUUAGAGGAUUAUUUGCUGUAGGUGAGGGAUCAAGCUGCCUCCUCUUAGACAAUGGUAAGUUUCUGGGGGCCUGUGAGGGAACAGGGGGAGGCAUUGCAGUCCAGAAAGCUGACCUGUUAAUAUCACGUUUCCAUAAGGUAAUGCUCAGAUCUGGCAAUCAUCCCCUACUGUUUCACACAGUUCAGUGGCAGGCAUAAGCAUUGCUUUUAACUCUUAACAACGUGAAAACAAUGUAAAUUUUAACGUGGGCAAUAGUGUCUUCAGUCUUCCAGAAUUCUGCAUCUUACCCAAUAUUCUGUCUCUGAAAGUCCUACAAAGAUAUUACUUUGAGAAAUGACAUAAGCCUAGCAACUUACUGGUUCAAUUCUAUUUCCUCAGUAUCUGCCACCAGACAAGUAAGGAUGGGAGGUAGAAUCCCACCUUUCUUUUACAUUUAUUGGCCUGUUUGUGAAUUCAGCUGUUCACAUUUUUUAACCCUUUUGACACUUUCCACAGCUCCAUGUGGUAGCAAGCUCUAAAAGUUCUCUGUAUAUUCCUUUAAGAAAAUUUGUUUUUUCUGUGGUAAACUGGAUUAUUUCUGAUUUAAUUGAGUACUCUCCAGUUCUUAUAUUGUAGCAGUCAUUGAACAACAGUUCCACUAUCCCCUUUCCCAUUGUUACCAUAUCAUAGAAUAGUUUGGGUUGGAAGGGAACUUUACAAGUUGUCUUGUCCACCACCUCUGCCCUGGACAGGAACAACUUUAACUAGACCUGGUUGUUCAGAGCCCAGUCCAAUCUGACCUGAAGUUUUGUUUACAUGGAUAGGAUGUCUUCCACUGCUUUGGGCAGCCUGUUCCCAGGAUAUAAUUGGCUUUCUGGGCUGUGCACAUUGCCAGCUCAUGUGCAGCCUCUCUCACCAGCACCCAAGCUGUCCUUGGCAGGGCUGCUCUUGAUCUGUUCAUUCCUGUGAAUGAUACCAGAGGUUGCCCUGACCCAGACACAGCCCCUUGCACUUGGUCUUGUUAAACCUCAAGAGACUCCCAUGUGCCCACUUUAUGAGCUCGUCCAGGUUCCUCUGGCUGGUCUCCCAUCCCUCAGGUCUGUCAGCUGCACUGCUCAGCUUGGUGUCUGCAAACCUGCUGAGGGUGCACUUGAUCCCUUCUUCUGUAUCAUUAAUGAAGAUAUUUAAUAACACUGGUUCCAAUAUGGAUCUUUGAGGGACACCAUUUGUCACUGGUGCGCGCUGGUCACUCUGAGCCAUUGAUCACUACCCUCUGGAUAUGACCAAUUUCUUAGCCAGCUAGCAGCCCACCCAUCAAAUCCAUCUCUCUCCAAUUUAGAGAGAAGGAUGUUGUGUCCAGGGCUUUAAAGAGUCAACAUUUCCCUUCCCUUGUUCACUGAUGUGGUCACUCCAUAGUGGAAGGCCAUCAGGUUGGUUAAACAAGAUUUCCCUUUGGUCAAGGGUGCUGCCUGUCUCAAGUCACUUCCCUGUCCUCCAUAUGUUUUAGCAUAGCUGCUAGGAGGAGCUGUUCCAUGAUUUUCCCUGGCACUGAUGUGAGGCUGAUGGGUCAGUAGUUCCUGGGCUCCUCCUUUCUACCCUUUAAAAAAGCUGGUGUAAUGUUGCCCUUUUUUCAGUCACCUGGGACUUCACCAUCAUGACUUUAUAAAUACCAUGUUUGUAGCCUUUGGCUUUGUCUUUUAUUUUACUUUUGUAGCGUGGAGCUUUAUGACCAAAGUUGCUUUAAGAUAGAAGUGCAGUUUUUUUGACAGCAUUGUUCUGUCAUAGCAUAUGUACAUCAUUCCCUUCUUCAGGUUUGUAGGAGUGUGAGUGAAAUUCAUUUUAGUAGGAGGUUGUUGGUUUAGCAGAAUUUUCAAACAACUGAAAUGUGAAAAAGCAAGGAGAAAAAUCUUGAAGUACUCUCUGCAUUGCCUUUCGUAUAUGCCAUCAGUGUUAAGUAAAAGGAUACUAAGUAUACUAAAGCUGCUGUUUCUUAGCAGUCUGGGAACCAGGAAAGGAAUAUUUAUUAAAAGAAAUUAAACUAGAGAUGAUAAGUCUUGUCACCUCCUUUUUCUCCCAACAUGUAAGUUCCUGUCUGUGAGAUACUGUGACUAUGUUCCUUUUGCCCUCUUUCUGCCAGAUGUUCAGUGUUUCCUUAACUGAUGCAAUGCCUGUGUACUUCUGAAUACAGAAUUGGAAUAGAGGGAAUCUUCUGCUUGCUGCCUUACCUCAACAGGCUCGGCUGCUUCAUUUGAGAAAGACCUUAGUGUACAGAAGCCUAUGUCUUGAUAUGUGUUCAGUUUCAGAAGCACAAUUGGAAGUCUCUUCCAAAGCUGGAAAAAAGACCAAGCUGCCUUUGAAUUACAAUAAGAAGCUCUGACUUUGGAUAAUUAAGUAUUUGGUGUAAAUUCAGAAUUGUCUUUCUGUUCUGUUCUUGUGGUAGGCCUGCUGUCUGUGACUGUUCGUGCUUCUGUCAGGGGCUUUUCUUGAGUUCUUGAUAUGAGAAGAAUUGGGAAGAAAGAAUUCCUAUGUUUUCUUCUUGGUUGGAUGUAAGGGAGGAAAAGGAUGCAGGAUGUGCUGCUGUGGAUACUCUGGUGAACUAUACUUGUGUGCAUAAAUAUGUAAAUAAAUAUGGGUGAAACACAUCUGAGCAAAUGACCUGUCCUCAUCCAAGAGAAUCCUUGUUUGCAGGUGGUGUGAAUUAUUUUGGUACCUGUUCACAGCCCACUGUGCUUGUUUCACUCCUAAUAAUGACUGUCUUUGCAGUCACUUCAGACCGGUUCCAUUCCUACUCCACAAAAUGAGAUUGCUUCCUUUCCCCAUGGUUGCUUUAUUUAUGUAAUAAACUUCUGUAGUCAAGAUGAUCUUGCUUUGAUUUGUCCAGUACUCAGAAGCCCUGAUUUCUGUCUACAGUGAUACAGAAAAAUAGAGCAAAAAUAGAACAAUUCUGUCCAGAAUUUUAUUUGAUUAAGAUUUUAAGCUGUAUUACUUUUAAUAAAGCCGAUUAAGUAUAA